AUGGAAAAGAAGAAGGUUAGUGGCAAGAUCAGGCUUUUAAAAGUCACCCAGAAUGGUAGCAAAUCUACUCUGAAGAGACAUCUUCGAGGCUUUUUCACUAGCACAGCCCCGAAGACUUUCAAGGAUUAUCAGGAGAUCUACCAAGCUCUAAUCGGGAAGAAGAAAGAUCUUUUUAAGUAUUUUAAUUUUAUGCUGAAUUGUGUCCAAAACAAAAGAGUCAGUGACAACGAAUUCAACUAUUUCAACAAGAUUAACUUGUGCAGGUUUGAGAUCGAGAAAAUAGCCCAAGAGAUGGAUGACUUUCAACGGAACUUUUCCAGAGAGAGCCUCAAAGGGUUUCUAACUCAUAAAGAGAUCCGCAAUAAGAUAAUUGGGUCCCUUGAGAAUAUUUCUUAUUAUACCUCUGAAAUCCUGGAUUUGGAAAUCGUACAUAAAUCUUAUCAUCAGAUUCAAUACUUCUGUGAUAAUUUGAAGAUUGAGAUUAACUCAGAUAUUGAGACAAGUGCAAAGUUGAGCCUGGGGAUUUCAGAAGAAAGUCAUCAAACUCCUGCCAAACCCACCAUACAAGAUUUUGAGCCAGGGAAGUAUAAAUCAGAAUGCAUCAGCACGAAGCCUAGCUCGAAGGUUUCAACAACAGUAAAAACCAGAUUAUUAGAUAAAUGUCAAGUCUCUGUAGAGAGAAGCCUCACUACAAUGGUAUCUACACCAGGCUUGUUUGGAAAACGAAGACAACCAGUUGGCGGGUUUGGCCCAGAAGAAGAGUACAGACAGAAAAGAAGCAAAGUCAUUCUUUCGAAAUUUGAUGAAAAUGAAGAAGAUAAAAAGCAACAAUCUGAAACUCAGAUGGUGCCUCAAGGAAGAUGCUCCUUAUCCAGGAUCAUUGCUAAAUCUAAGAUUUAUAAGUGGCUAAUGUACGGAAUGAAGGCAGUCAAGACCUUAGCUCCAGGAAUCAUGAUCUCGAUGGCUUAUGAUACAAUCCAACAGUGAAGUAUGGCAUGAAAAUAAUCCGGCAAUAAGCCCAGAAAAAAAUUCAGUUUUAAAGGCGAUCUUAGGAAACAGAAAUAUUGGAAUCAAAGACUUCUCUAAUUUUACUACAGGAGUUGGAACAUCAGCUUUAUCAGCGAGUAUUCCAAAUUUAAUGAUGAAAUACAGUACAUACAUCAAUCUUUAUAUUGACAAACUCAAAUCUCAGUCUGUCUCAGAAGUAGCAUGUGCUAGUGCGACUACAAAGCUAGUGUUCCUCUGCAUUGGAUCAUUAGCUUACUUCUUAUACAUCAUGAAGACGAAACGUAGUACCGUCCAGCCAGUGCCUGAAGAAGAACAGAAAGAUCUGCUCCCAGAUUCUGAUGAUGAAGACUACAUGUGAACCAAAGAAAUGGAAAGAUUAGAGACAGAACAAGAUGCUGAAGAUGACAUCAACUACGAUAAUUUCUGAAUAGAAGGGUUCCAAUCAGAUGAAGAUUUUAGUCUAGACAGAUCCUCAAAUAGCAUAACCUUUGAUGAGAACCAUCUCAAUCCUGAAUUUGAAGAGGCAGAGAGAUAUUUUCUUAGAAGCAGGACUCCAAAGUUAAAAGCCCAGCCUUUAGUUUCCCAUGAGGAAGAACCUGGCUAUGAUCGCCAAGACUAAGUGACGCAGGAAGAUGAACUAUCUCAGAGU